UUGAUGCUGGCUCGGCAAAGUAAGCUGUUUCUAAGCGGCUGAGGCGGAUUAGUUGAUCUUGUAAUGCCCUAACCGCCUGAAAGUCCUAAGGCGCAGGGUAGUACUUGGGCUAUCGGCUGUAGUAGGGCUAGAGGCUUUAGCUUCCCUAUCUAUUCCAAUUCGUGUAAACCGAACAUCAAGUACGGCUUUGAGCUACAUCUGCUGCUUUGGAAAAGGUAGGUACUAAGUACCAAAGUUCUCAAAGGACUCACCGUCUUCUGCUUCUGCUUCCUCUUGUUCUUGUUCAAAGCCAGGAGACUCGCUUGCUAGUGCAUCCCUGGGCGGCUACCUUGUUCUGCUCAUAUCAUAUUCUUUUGGGAACUAGCUUUCGCUUUUCUUUCUCCUUUCGUUCUAGCGGAUUCCUGUGCUUAACUUACUUAAUUGUUCUCUUCAUAGAUCGGUGAGCCGGGCUCAAUCGAUAUUUCUAUUUCCUCAGGUGUAAUUCUAUCUUUUGUUCCCUGGGAUUAGAUCUGUGGAAAGCGGUAAAUCCAUCUAUCCGCAGGGGGUCAAUCGAGAUGUUCGACCCCUCGGUUUCAGCUGUUCUGAGAUCUCAAUAUUUCCAGUUGCUAGGGAGCUUCGGUCUUUGUCACCCCCGGAAUGUCUUCUUUUCGCCCAUUUAGGGUUCUAGGAGCAGCUAUUGAAAAAGGUAUGGUAGUGAUCUCACUCCACGCAUUGCACACUCUUUUCAUCCAACUCGAAAUAUCGUAUUAUAAGAAGGUUUACUAUCUUCCUAUUCAUUCAAGUGAGAAAUCGGAUCGAAAAACCACCGCCCAUAGAGCUUAGCCAAGAGUGAACCAGGCCUGAUGGCGGUUCCGCGAAGCCGGUCCCCGGUGGCUAAGAACCAUUUCUCACUUGCUUGAAGUGACAAAUCAAAAAGAUAGAUUAGGUUCGUGUUCCGUGAGGGUUUAGUUUAAAAGAGAGCUUGAGAAUCUUCGACUCCCUUUCCUUUCUUGGAAAAACCAAGGCUUGGAGUAUCCAAGACAAGUCUCUCCCUUCAUUGGGGGAGCAGAGCAGUCAAUGAAAAAAAAGAAAUCCAGGAUGUCAGGAUUUUUUUCCUCGGUUGGUCAAACUCUAAAGCGGGUGUGCUGUUGUUAUCCUAAUACUAAUAUGGGGGAACCGGCGGACGCCGGUGGUGGUUGUAGUUUUUGGUGCAAAAUUCAUAAUAUGUUCAACUGCAUUUUCUGUGGGAGUGGGAACAGUGCCCACACAAAAAUAGCAGCAAGCGAGCGGGCCAGUGCCUCGAAAGACGGUACACUCGACUACCCCCCUUGUCAAGAACGAAUGAGCAAAGACAUUGUCACUCCCAGUGGGGGUGACAGUGAUUUUUUCACUCCUAACUUAGUACUUACACCACCUUCUCAGGAACUGGUCCAACUACCUAGUAGUCCCAUUAAUUAUUGUGAUGCAGCAGCCCCAUGGCAAUUAGGAUCUCAAGAUGCAGCAACACCUACGAUGCAAGGAAUUAUAGACUUACAUCACGAUAUCUUUUUCUUUUUGAUUCUGAUUUUUGUUUUCGUAUCGUGGAUCUUGGCUCGCGCUUUAUGGCACUUCCACUAUCCAAAAAAUCCAAUCCCUCAAAGGAUUGUUCAUGGAACUACUAUCGAGAUUCUGUGGACCCUAUUUCCUAGUAUCAUCCUGAUGUUCAUUGCUAUACCAUCAUUUGCUCUUUUAUAUUCAAUGGACGAGGUAGUAGUAGAUCCAGCCAUUACUAUCAAAGCUAUUGGACAUCAAUGGUAUUGGACUUAUGAGUAUUCGGACUAUAACAGUUCCGAUGAACAGUCACUCACUUUUGACAGUUAUACGAUUCCAGAAGAUGAUCCAGAAUUGGGUCAAUCACGUUUAUUAGAAGUGGACAAUAGAGUGGUUGUACCAGAAAAAAGUCAUUUACGUAUUAUUGUAACACCUGCUGAUGUACCUCAUAGUUGGGCUGUACCUUCCUUAGGUGUCAAAUGUGAUGCUGUACCUGGUCGUUUAAAUCAGACCUCUAUUUCGGUACAACGAGAAGGAGUUUACUAUGGUCAGUGCAGUGAGAUUUGUGGAACUAAUCAUGCCUUUAUGCGUGCGCCCGGAAACAUAGGCCGACUGCUGAGCCCACUCUGGCUCAGCCGCACCACCCAGGGGGCGAGCCGCCCGAGAAGCAAGCUAUUACAGCGAGCGGCUGGAGCAGUAUGGAGCCGAGGAGCAAGGCAGUAGAUAAGAUAGAAGAAGGGGCCAGGCUCCCGGUGGAGGAGAGGAGACGGUUAGGAUAACGAACUUGAAACGCGGAGCCCGAGCGGCCGGCGAGCGAGUGGUUAGUGGUCAAUAGCGCCCUAGUUGAUGGCAUUCCUCUCUGCGGCUGGCACUCGAGGAACCACGGGACACUCCAUACAGAGCAAGCAAGUCUUAGGGAUGAGACACCCGCGCAAGGACCUCAAUUCUCAUUAGGAGGUCGAACCAAGGACCUAUGGAAGUCGGGGCUACCCCGUCCCCAUGGGCAACGCAACAGUGUCCCUGAGGGAGGAGUUUAGAGGCCUUAUAGUAGCACGGACUUCUUUUUCUUUCUAGGUCAUGCGAAGGGGGCCAGUCCAAGAUCGUACUGUUCCUCUACAAAGACAACAGACGCUCUCAACGGCUAGGCGCCACUCUCUUUCUGAGUUAUUCCAGCUUCUUUAUGAUUUCGUGCCGCGGUGAACAAACAAAACAAAAAAAAGAGGGCCGUCUCGGCGGAAGGAGAAGGACCUGCAACGGCAGAGACUACUGACCCUCUUCUUGUCUUGUCUUGUUUUUAGCCGUAUGUUACGAGUCCGGGAAGCCUCCUCAAUAUGAGGGAUCCCUCAAAAUCCAAAUAGAGAAGUCAAAAACCUUCCUCCUGCUAAUCCGGCCAUUUCCGAACCUGUCUUUCUCACCCUAUUCAAUUCAAUGGAGGACUUCUCCAUUCUUGCGAUUCCCAACUCCCUUAGCUUAUUCUUAUUAUAUAUUAUUAGAAAUUCAAAAAAACGUUAGGGUUCCAAACGGCAAAAUAGGCUCAAUGAUCUCUUUCUUCGAUAGACCGGUCCGGCGCUCCGCGUGGUUAUAUUCGUACAUGUUCCGACUCGCCGGUCAUUAUGGAUAUAGUGGCAUGGCGAGUCAAAGGGGGGGAGUUCUUCAACAAUGAAUUAAUUUCUCGAUGGGAACCCAACAUCAACAUAGCAGAGUGGCCAACCAAGCCAAGAAUCAUCGCCCGAGAAAGCAAGGAUCGUAGAAUAUAAAAUUCCCCACGUAGCGGUAAGAAAAGAAGCAAAGGGUGGCUGUAAGGCAGCUUCCAUUCCUCAGCAGAAUGACUCUUUUCACGAACCCGCAGCUAUAGCUAUUUCAUCUGCUGCAAUUAGCUCUCCAGGGAGCGACGGAACUUCCAGAUUCACUUCUUUCGGAGUGAAGUGAAAGAACCAAAAGCAAAGUAGCCAACAAGGGCCUUAGUCCUUCUGAGAUGCCGAUAAUCUGCUACAUUGGUCCACCCGGGCUUUCUCCGAUUUGAUAAAGGGAUUUCCCCUGGGAUUCGACCUCACUGCUGUGAGCCUAGUAAGAAGGGCAUUCGCGGGCAGCUUUCGAGAAGGAAUAAGCGGUCUUAGGCCUUCAGUUCUUACGACUGUGAGUUUUAUUUCCUAUCAGACUAGAAGCAAGUCUAGCGAAGUCACCUCGGGAUGAAAUUCGUUUUGCGUUUUUUUGAACACCCGGCAAUCGUAGAGAAGACAGAGCAGUGGAAAUUCUCUCUCGUAUCGUAAGGCAGGCUGUAGCUCUAGUUCGACUAGCGUGAUUGAUGAACAUGGGCAGCAAUUAGUGAGAGUCGGUUGCUGUUCUUGCUUGAGUCGACGGUUCACCCUUGGUUUCAGCUACUGUGAUCUUUUCCGCUGCUAUUGAUGUUGGAGGCAUAAGCGCAGCUAUUUCAUAUGCUGCAAAGUAAGUAGUACUUUUUUUUUACCGGGGAAUGGGAAUUCUCUUUCCUAGGGGACGAGCGAAAGGCUGAUUAGUCUUUUCGAAAGAAAGUUGCUAGGCGUGCUAGCAUGUUAAGUUAAUGGUAGCAUAGUCUUGGAGGAAGAAAGCGAUGUGAUGUCUUCAGUUGCUUGCUCUUUUUCCCUUAAGCGAGUUCGGGCUCGGGUAGGCAACUCACCAGGAAUAGUCUACAGAAGCGAUAGGCCAAUUGUAGUUGAUCCCGUCUCAAGGCCCAUCUCUGACUUAAUAGCCUAGCCAUAUCGGAGGCUACCCAGCUACAACAACAAAGAACGAAGCUUUUCCUGUUCACGACUCUGCUGCCAUUUCAUCCGCUACAGUUAGCUCGAAAGCGAAUUCAGUCACCCCAGGUCUCAAUCCUAAUAAAGGGAUAAAGUGAAGUAUGCCAUUACUCUCAGCUGUUCACUCUUGAUCAAAUGGUUUCCGGGGUGGAAUUUCCCUUCUUUAUUUUAUAUGGUAGAGCGUAAGCUAGUCUUUGUGGAAUCUCCGCUGCAGUUGUUCACGAAUCCCUUUCAGGGGUGAAGGAAGAAUCCGGUGCUAUUGGACUGCCUGAAAGCUUUCCUUGGCACGAACGGGAGAAGAAUCAAAGGAAUACGGGGCUCAGGGCAAAUGAGUUAGGAGUUCAAUAAGCCAAGCUUCUCCCCUGGGUCACGAAGAUCUAAGUAAGGAGGGAGUUCUAGUGACUAGCUUGAAGUGGCGAAUGCUCUUUCUUCCUAUCUGGGAAUCAUAGCCUAGUCUGACUCAUCGAAGAGAGAUCCCUACUCUGAUUGCUUAAAAGCGAGUUCAGUCACCCGAGGAGAGAGGCAACUCACUAAGCGAAGAAGAAGACGGUGCUUGCUAUAGAUUCUUUGAGGAAUAAGCCCGGUGUCGUCUAAGCUCUCUACGAAUACCAGGGGAGAUCACACUCUUGUUCAAACGAGAAUGGCCGUAACUAAGCCCAAAGAAAACAAAGGCGCGAAACGAAGGGAUUGGAUGAUCAGAUCAGUGGGCAACCAUAGUGGACUUUUUUCGUGGUGUUGUUGACGUUGUUGAAAGCCUCGCUUUUCGGAGCUGCUCCCAGCUUACACUAUGGUAGAGGAGGUGCCGUGAAGAUCUAGGUGUGUGAGCAGUACGAGCUGAAAGGCUCCCAUACUGUUUGGAGGGCAGGGGGCAUAGAUGCCAAACAAACCUGACCCCUAUCUAUCGUCGUAGAAGCUGUUCCUAGGAAAGAUUAUGGUUCUCGGGUAUCCAAUCAAUUAAUCCCCUAAACCGGGGGAGCUUAAGCGAAAAGAAAAGAGUAGGGUGAGGGAGAAGCCACUAAAUGGAAGGCUUUGCUCGCUCGCUCCAACGCUCGUUUAGUAGAACAGCGAGUGGAGUGCAUAAGCCCCUUUAGAGAUUAGAGAUAGGGGCGAGUACUACACGAGCUCGUAAGUCAAGUACGGAACGAGCCUUGUGAAGCAGAGCACCCUCAUCUUGCUUGCUUCUGGCGAAGCUUCUAGCACUAGAUAAUAGGCAUUCUGGUAUGGCAGGAAUACCACUUUUUAGGUCGACCACUACAUAGGAGCGAUAGCGAAGCCAAGCCGUAUAAAGGCGAGCAGCCCUUAUAGCAAUAGCAAAGGGCCUACUUAUAGCCCUAAC